GCAGUACGUGAAUGCACCAUGACACAACAGCAAAGAUGGCGGGCUGCUGUCGGAACUGUUUUUGUUGUCAGUGUUGCUGUAGAGAAACGGAGACGCGGACUCCGGAGGAACUGACGAUUCUUGGUGAAAUUCGAGAUGAAGAAGAUGAGAUCCUACCCAGGAAGGACUAUGAGAGUUUGGAUUACGACCGCUGCAUCAAUGAGCCCUACGUGGAGGUUCUGGAGGGCAUGGACAACAAGAAAGGCAGAAAGUACGAGGCGGUGCGGUGGAUGAUGGUGUUUGUGAUUGGGGUCACCGUCGGUCUGGUUGGCCUGUUCGUGGACUUCUUUGUGCAUCUCUUCACUAAAGUCAAGUUCUCUCUGGUUGGUGAUUCUAUAGAGAAGUGCAGCAAUAAUGGCUGCCUCACGUUGUCUCUCCUGGAACUUCUGUCGUUCAACAUGGCCUUCAUCUUCAUCGCCAGUGUGCUCGUCCUCGUAGAGCCGGUAGCUGCAGGCUCUGGUAUCCCAGAAAUCAAAAGUUACUUGAACGGAGUGAAGAUUCCUGGAAUCGUGAGAUUGAGAACGUUUCUCUGCAAAGCUGCUGGAGUCCUGUUCAGCGUGGCUGGAGGUCUGUUUGUGGGAAAAGAAGGUCCCAUGAUACACAGUGGAGCCAUCGUGGGAGCUGGUCUUCCUCAGUUUCAGAGCAUCACCUUCAAAAGGAUAAAGUUUGAUUUUCCCUACUUCCGCAGUGACAGAGACAAGCGGGACUUUGUGUCUGCUGGAGCUGCGGCAGGAGUGGCUGCUGCCUUUGGCGCUCCGAUCGGGGGAACCCUCUUCAGUCUGGAGGAGGGCUCGUCCUUCUGGAACCAGGCCCUUACCUGGAAAGUGCUCUUCUGUUCGAUGUCGGCCACCUUUACGCUCAACUUCUUCCGCUCUGGGAUCAACUUUAACAAGUGGGGUUCGUUCCAGCUGCCCGGGCUGCUCAACUUUGGAGAAUUCAAGUGUCCAGAGGGCGAUAAGACCUGCCACCUGUGGACCGCAGUGGACCUGGCCUUCUUUGUGCUGAUGGGGGUGGUCGGUGGCCUCCUGGGGGCGCUCUUCAACUGUAUGAACAAGAUUCUGGCCAAGUAUCGGAUGAGACACAUUCACCCCAAAGCCAAGUUCAUCAGGGUGCUUGAAAGCCUUUUGGUUGCCAUGGUUACAACAAUAGUGAUAUUUUCAGCUUCUAUUCUGUUGGGUGAAUGUCGUGACCUAUCUGCCCCCCCCACCCAUAACACCACACUGUCCGGCAGCGAUGAGAUCAACUCGACCGUCCGACAGUUCUUCUGCUCCAACAAGACCUACAACGACAUGGCCACUUUGUUCUUCAACUCACAGGAGGCAGCGAUCCACCAGCUCUUCCACCAGGACGGUACCUUCAGUCCCGUCACGCUGUCCCUGUUCUUCCUGCUCUACUUCCUGUUGGCCUGUUGGACCUACGGCGUCUCCGUCCCCAGCGGACUCUUUGUCCCGUGUCUCCUCUGCGGAGCAGCGUUUGGACGUCUCAUCGCUAACAUACUCAGCGUGAAACUGGGAAUGGACAUCUACUCUGGGACCUUUGCUCUGAUCGGAGCGGCGGCCUUCCUGGGGGGCGUGGUCAGAAUGACCAUCAGCCUCACCGUCAUCCUCAUCGAGUCCACCAAUGAGAUCACCUUUGGGCUGCCCAUCAUGAUCACGCUGAUGGUUGCGAAGUGGACCGGAGACUUUUUCAACAGAGGUAUCUACGACAUCCACGUCCAGCUGAAGGGCGUCCCGCUGCUGGAGUGGGAGACGGAGGCAGAGAUGGACAAGCUGACCGCCAGUGACAUCAUGGAGCCCAACCUGACCUACGUGUACCCCCACACCCGGGUCCAGUCGCUGGUCAGCAUCCUCCGCACCACCGUGUUCCACGCCUUUCCCGUGGUCACCGAAAACCGGCUGAACGAGCGGGAUUUCAUGAAGGGAAACAUCCUGGUCAGCAACAACAUUCGCUUCAAGAAGUCCAGCGUGGUGUCCCGCGCGGGCGAGCAGCGGCGCCGGUGCCAGUCCAUGAAGUCGUACCCCUCCAGCGAGCUGAGGAACGUCUGUGACGAGCAGAGUGCCGCGGUGGAGCCGGCGGAGGAGGGGGAGGACCUGCUGCAGCAGAUGCUGGAGCGCAGACACGCCCCCUACCCAAACCUGUACCCAGACCAGUCUCCCAGCGAGGAGUGGACCAUGGAGGAGCGCUUCAGACCGCUCACCUUCCACGGCCUCAUCCUGCGCUCCCAGCUCGUCAACCUGCUCAUCCGAGGGGUCUGCUACUCGGAGAACCAGUCGAGCGCCACUCAGCCGCGGCUGUCUUACGCUGAGAUGACUGAGGACUACCCACGGUACCCAGACAUCCACGAGGUGGACCUGACCCAGCUCAGCCCCCGUAUGAUAGUGGAUGUGACCCCCUACAUGAACACCAGUCCAUACACGGUGUCGCCCAACACCCGGAUCUCCCAGGUCUUCAACCUGUUCCGGACCAUGGGUCUACGGCACCUCCCGGUGGUCAACGCCGUCGGAGAGAUCGUUGGAAUCAUAACGAGACAUAAUCUAACCCACGAGUUCCUGGUGGCCAAACUGCGGCAGCACUACAUCACCAUCUGACCCGGUGUUGGACUCUGUGUCCCGGUUCUGCUCGUUUGGGUUUUCAGCUUUGGUUCUGGUUUUGUCCCUUACAGCAUUAAGACGUUCUCACACCCACACGACGCGUGUCCCAGAACCAGAACCAGAUGGUUGUUGGUAGAACAGAGGAGCCAAAAAGUCCUUCUAAUGACCAAAGUCCGCAUCUUGAUCUGUGGUCCAAAUGUUCAGAAACGACCCCUCGGUUCUACUAUGUUCUUCUGGCACGGUCUUGAUCUCAGAACCACUGGAUCUGAAAGCAGAUCCAGCACGGUACGGUUCUGUUCUGAGGUCCAUCUGGACCCACGACUACGAGCAACAAGAUCCCAGGGCUACUGUUGUGACUCAGUUCAGAUGUUCUGUCUGUUACUUCUCCUCAUUAAGGAACACGCCCAUGACGUCUUUCAACAUAGGCAGAGUCUCUAAAACAGGAAGUAGUCCACUCAUUGCAAGCUAGCUCGCUAACAAACUAGAUGCUAAUUUCCAGCAUCUAAUUAGUUGGGAAAAGAUGUUUUUAAGUUUUUAGGUCCGGGAGUUCUCCCUCUUUUCAUAAUUUCAUCACGUCUUUAGCAUUCAGCUCGCUAAGGAGGAGCGCUGUAUGUUAUUACACUAAAGCUCUGGUUUUGUGCGACACCUGCAUUUUAAAACUCGUAGUGUUUUACUUUGUGCUUUGGUUUGGUCUUAAAGGUACUACGUGUAGGGGUUUCACAGUUAGAUGAUCACAAACGGUCUAAUGUCUCAAUCUGAAGGUCACACCGAAACUGUUUUCCCUUUCAGCCCACUGUCACUUUUUCAUCUUUCACAAAAGCUAAAGAGGGACGUAGUCUCUGUUUACCAUCUGUGAAACGGCUGCAAGCUAGCGAUGCAGCGCCAGCAUUUGUAAUUUUACCACAGCGGGUAAAAAGCUCCAGAGUUGUUUAAAAGAACCAAAGCCAGGAAACAGGAGCGACCCAGAAGUUAUUGCCACGGCAUCUAUUUAUUCUACUUUAAAUCGGGUAAAGAAGGCUAGAGGCUAACGUUGAGCUAACAAUGCUAACGGUGAGUUAGAAGCAGAUAGUUGGCUCUAAGAAUGUCUAAAGCUAGUAUUACUGUGUGUGUGUGUGUGUGUGUGUGUGUGUGUGUGUGUGUGUGUGUGUGUGUGUGUGUGUGUGUGUGUGUGUGUGUGUGUGUAAUGAGUCAAUCGUGGCAUUUUACUCUCUUUAGUGAGUUGUUCAGAACGAUAACCGCACAACUGCAACCACACUUCCCCUAACGCCGGAGACAUAUUACCGUAAUACGUGUAUUAAGUGUUCCCUACUGUAAAACACCAGUGCAAAUGCCAGAUAUGACGUGAAUUUAUCUACUUAUCAACUUACUCGGUGUGUCCCGUCUAAAACGGUCCGGGCAGAAACAUGUUCUGUGCGACACGUUCAGAUCCCAAAACGCAGUUUGACAGAAAAUAAAAUGAUUAUUAAACUCGUAGCUGUGAUGAAAGCGCUCUACGAACCCCUCCAGCUCUGUUAGAUGGAGCUGAAACACAAAAUGUUAUUAAAUCUGCAUUUUUGACAUAAUAGUGUCUGUUCUGAGCCUUUAAACCAGCUCCAGUAAUAAUAAUAAUAAUAAUAAUAAAUUUUAUUUAAAUGCGCUUUACAUUACAGAAGUAAUCUCAAAGUGCUACAGAGUAUAGGGGACAGGUAUAAGGUACACAGCUAGUUAAAAACAGUUAAAAUUUCAGGAUACUAUCAAGCAUGGAAAAUAAAAACAGUCCCCAGAAAUAGAUAAAACCCAUCUAAAAAGUAAUUACAGUAGAUACAAACAAUAAGUAAAACCAGUCACUCACUGGUGUUGCUGCUCAUAAUAAGAAUAAAAAAAACACUUAAAUUAGAUCGCAGCUGUAGAAGGUUCGUGAAUAUUUCAUUUGUUGUUGUUUUUGCACUUUACUUUUUAUUUGUAUGUUUGUUUUCUCUGACUGAUGAGAUGUGCAGAACAGGGGCGUGUCCAGGGAGUGGCCUGGGGUAGCACAUGCCACCCUUAGAAUCUAAUUGGCCACCCCAGGUGCCACCACACUAAUUUACCUUCAAAUAGGCUUUUCAUUGUCCACAAAAGGCUUGGGGGUAAAACAAAAAAGCAUAACCAUUUGGUGCCACCCAUGCACAAAGUUGUGCCUCACCUGAGCCACCCCAUUUUAAAAGAUCUGGACACGCCACUGGUGCAGAAGGCACGCUGGCGCCCUGCAGGUUGUUAUGAGACCAGCUUCCUGCGUCCUCCUAGAGCAGCUCAGAGGGAGCGGGUUUGCACUAACGAGGUCAGAGUUAACGACAGAGGACCACGUCUCUGAGUCUCAGGUUACAUUCAUGUGCAUCAUAUUCUUUCCUAAACGGAGCAAAAUCAAGUCAGGGGGAUUUUACCCCUGAGGAAGCAGUAUUUCCAAUCUUCAAACAUUUCUUCAUGUUAUUUUUAAAGUUUAUUUAAGAUUGUUUUCAUAUAUUUAAUUUGAAAUGUAAACAUGUUUAGUUGUUCAAAUGAUCAGAUUUGUUUUAUAGUUGUGAUUUCUGAGCUGCUUUGAUGCAUUUCACCUGGUUUUACGGGGACUUGCCUACAGACGUCUGGUUCAAAGCAGAAUCAAAGAAACCUUUUUCUGUGGGAGAAAACUAGCAGAAGACCCGUCUUGUGCCUUCUCCUCCUCCUCCUUCUUCUUCAUUGUAGAAAUAAAGUUCCACCUCAAAGUGUU